AUGGCAGAAAAGGACAACAAGAAAGAAAAUGAGGAAUAUGUCGGGACAAUAAGAGGUGGGCUACGGCCCACGAUGAGACUGGUUGUCGUGGGUAUUGUUAACAAGAAGCCACAGAGCAUGGUGGUGUCCCUGUCCAGGGAUCCAGUGGAAGAGGACUUUGAGGGAGACGUGGGUUUGCAGGUAAAGGUCAACUUCCUGGCUAAGGCUGUGCAGAGGAACGCCCGUCUGGCUGGGAACUGGGGGACGUCAGAGAACACCCUGUCAUACUUCCCCUUUGCUGCUGGGGAGCCCUUCAAGAUGGAGAUAGUUUGUGAACACCAGCAGUUCCGUAUCCUGGUGGAUGGCCAGCCUCUGUGUGGCUUCACUCAUCGUCUGACUCCGCUGGCCUCUCUCACCGCCCUGCGAGUCUUUGGAGACCUACGGCUCACUAAGGUAGCAUAA